AUGGCGCUGGCCGGCGUCUCUGCAUGCCUAGCGGCUGGCUACCUGGCGGCUGCCCGCAAGGCACUGGCCGCGGCGGCGCCGCUGACAGCGAUCGAGCUGGGAGGUGCGCUCACGCUCCUGCCGCUCUCGGGCGGUUGCACCCUUGAUGCGCCUGACGGCGCUGCGCUCGUCCGGCUCCUCGCUCAAGCUGCUGUCGAUGUCAGCUUUGAGGGCUUUGUGGUCGAGCUGGGUCGUCUCGCGGCGUCGCCGCAGACGCUGGCGAUGGUUUUGGAUGAGUUUCCGCUCGUGCGGCCGUCGGCAGACGACGCCAUCGAGGUCAUGAACGUGGCCAUUGCAUCUGUCGCCGAGGACGUCGCGCUCGAUGUUGUCUCGGUGUUGAUGGAGGCGGUCGACCAAGAGGCGCAAGCGUUCCACCUUGAGCGCGGGCAUCCGCUGGCGACAGCAACUGUUCAUGAUGCACCCGCUGUGGUCGGCUACUUGCUCGAUCUGCCGGCCAUCAACACGAGGAUGACUCCAGCGCACCUCGGGCAGCUGCUGUGGAUGGCGAUUGUAGGCGACGCCUCGUGCUGCCUCCCGCUCCUCCUCAACCAUCCGCGGAUGGAGCCGUCGGUCAACGGCAAUCGCGCGCUGCGGGAAGCACUGGAACACAAGCGAGGCCGGUUUGUGGACGCCCUGCUCGCGCAUCCGGAGCUUAUAGUCGACGGGCCGCGGCAAGGAGCGAUCCUGCUUGGUGUGGCGGCGCGCAGCGGCGAUGUUAAGCUUGUAGCGCGGCUUGCGGAAGAUUCACGGUUUGAUCCUGGAGCUUCACGCUGCCACGCGCUGCGGGCAGCGGCUGGCGCUGGGCAGCUGGCGAUUGUUAAGCAGCUGCUGACGUACCCUGGCGUGAGUGCCGGAGCGUGCAGCUCGAACGCGCUGUCAGAGGCAGCCGCUGGCGGCCACGUGUCCACAAUCGCGUUCCUUCUCACCUGCGACGACGUCGACGUCACGGCGAACCUGCAGUCUCCGAUCAGGCUGGCGGCCAAGAACGGCCAGCGCGAGGUCGUCGACCUGCUCCUGGCGCAUCCGCUCGUUGACCCGGGCGCGGCCAACAACGCCGCACUCUUUGCUGCAGUCAAGCAUGGCCACGCGUCGGUAGUGGAGCGGCUGCUGGCUGAUGUGCGGGUCGAUCCGGGGGCGGCUGGCAACGAAGCACUUCGCUUGGCGUUUCGCAGCGCGCGGCGAGUCAUUGCGCAGCUCCUACUGAACCAUCCGGACGUUGACGCCGGCGCCAACGAUAACCUUGCGCUGCGAACAGCUGCUGCGUUUGGCCACGUCGACAUGCUGGAGCUUCUUGUCGAACGAUCUGACGUCGACCUCAGCAUCAACCACUACGCCGCGCUCCGAAUCGCUGCUGGCGCCCGCCGCGCUGACCUCACCGGCGACCUCCUUGACCUCGCGCCGCCGAGCGAGCCCGCUCUCCUGCUCCAGGUCUUUGAGCUCGCGCGUGACGAUGAUGCGCUUGACGUCGUCUCGGCCAUUCUCGAGCAUACACCCGCCACAAGCCUCACCUCCGAACUCCUCACCACCGCCAUCGCUUCGUGCACGGCUGGGCAGGCGGCGGUUGCCCAGCUCAUCGCCAUUUGGGUGAUGCGGACGAGUGAGUGCCCGGUGUCAUGGGCCGAGGUGCCGGCGGGGGUGCUUGCUCCGGCGAGACAGCGGCGGAGUGGCGGAGUGGUGGGCGGGGGCGGGGGCAGGGCGGGUGGAAGCGGCGGGAGCGGCGGGCUGCGACAGGGCGGCAGCAGCGAGCAUGGUGGCGGAGGACCGGUGGACCUGGGCUCGAGCGAGUUUGUGGCAGCGGCGUAUCUGGCGGCGCACCAUGGGCGGUCGAGCCAGGCACAGUUGGAGACGGUGGCGCUCUCGUUCCGCGACUCGCUGGAAGAGCAGACGGCGCAUCUACAGGCGCUGGUGAAGGACAACUUUGGACGGUUUGUGGCGUGCCGGGCGUCUGUGGAUGCGCUGGCAGCGGCGAUGCGGGUGGAUGUGGAGGGAGCGGGCGGCGAGUUGCCGACGCGAGCGGUGGAGGAGGCGUACGUGCGGCUCGAGGCGGGGCUGGGCGGGGCGCUGGACGAGGUGCUGGAGCGGGCGGACAACAUUGCGGCGCGCAAGGAGCUGCAGGCUGUGCUGGCCAAGCACGCGGCGGUGCUGCGUGUGCCGGCGCGGAUGGCAAAGGCGGCAGCGGCGCAGCAUUAUGAGCUUGUUGUGGCCGAGUACGGCAAGAUGGUCCGCGGGGCUAGCGCCGGGCAGCUGAGCUCGUCGUUCUUUGUUCGCAUCCUCAAGCAAGUGCUUCGGAUACGCGACUCGGUGUGCGAGAAGCUUGGCAAACAGCUUGCGGGGCGGAGGGUGGGGGCUGGUGAGCAAGCGCGGCUGAUUUCGACGCUGCUGCGGCUGGACGCUCGGCAGAAUCCAUUGGUGCUUGCGGUCAAGGUUGUGUCUGGCCGAGUGAUGGAGGAGCUGGAGAGUGGGCAGCAGGCUGCGGGCCAUGACGACAGCGGGCGACUUGGACUUGUGCGGCGCAUCACCAGACUUAUGCGCGAGGCUCUUCCAUCGUUUGCGGCGCUCUGUGCGCUCACGACGGACCCGUCGUUUGUGGCGGAGGCUGCGGCGCGCGAGCGGUCGCGGGCGCGGCUUGAGGGAGUGGAGGCUGGCGAGUGUGGCGAGGGCGGGAGCGAGGGCAGCGAGGAGGCCAGCAGGGUGGUGGAGGCUGAGAUGGAACGCGUUGUGGGGGGACUUGCGGAUGCGCUCACGGAGGCGUUCUUCCCGUCUGUUGUUGUGCCGUCUGCGCUCUCGCGCGGCGAGUGUGUGCCUGCGACGCCUGAUGGGGCGCUGUCCCCGGCCAACUCGUCAGCAAGUUUACAAGGCGGGACGGGAGCGGGGCGUGGGGGCGUUGGCAAGCUCCCGUUCCUUCAGGAGCUCCGUGUGCGGACGACGCGGCGGAAGGAGUUGCGGCCGUUUAUGCACGGUGGGAUCCAGCUUGUGGCCGGGGCGUACUCGGGGCUGCUUGCGGAUGGGGUGUCCUCGGGAACGCUUGCGCCGCUCCUUGCAGUGCUUGACCGUGUGACGCGGUUUGUUGUCCGCAAAACGUGCGGCGAGAUCAAGGGACGGGUGCGGCAGGUUGUGAGCGACCCGGCGCGGGCGUGGCAGCUUGCGCCUGACGAUGACGUGCGACUGCUUGCGCUUGUUGCGGACGCGCGAGCAGUGCUUGUGGAGGGCUUUUCGCGACUGGCGGCUGUUGUUCCGCCGGACGCGGAGCUCAAGGCGAUGCUGCGGGGGGCGGUGAGCGAGGCGCUGGCGCUUGUGCUCGACGGUCGUGCGCGGCUGCUGAUGGCGCUGGCGACGGUGGAGGCGUGCGCGGACGGGUACCUGGCGGAGAGUGCUGCAGCUGUGCUCUCGCACUUUCCGUGGGACGACGAUGCGGGUAGCGAGGUUGCAGCGCUCGGUGUGGGCGCUGCGCGUGUGCUCUCUGAGCUUCUUGCGCGCGAGUACUGCCGGCUUGUGCACGCGCAGAUGCGAGGGCUUGAGGAGCGCGACGAGGUGCUGGGUGUGGAUGACACGGCGUGGCAGCCACGGCCUUGGGCACUGCACCUGCUGCUCGACCUUUCGCUUGCGCACCACGAGAUAGUGAGCAUUGCGCCGAAAGCGGUGGACGGAUUGCUGACGACGCUCACGGCUGACGCGGGCGCAGUUAUUCUUGGGUCGCUGGGCGAGCUUGUUGACGUGGACGCGGAGCGGUCUGUUGCGCUUGUGGAGCGUGUGCUGGCCAAGUACAGGAGUGCGGCGUCCGAGGCGCGGUUUGCGGCGGCCAAGGGCGGACUGAGGGCCGGGUUUGCGGCAGCGGCGCGGAGCGGCGAGGCGGACGACGACGACGACGACGGGCUCGACGACGAGACUGCGGUGGAGCGGUAUGUGGCGGCAAACUGGAUGCAGUUUCAGGCGUUUACGUGA